CUCCCGAUUCAUUAAGAUGUAAGCAAGCUCACACGCGAGCGGAAACGGAUGGAGGAGCCAUUGUGACGCGCAGGAAGUGCCAAGACUUCCGCUGCUAGAUAAAUUCGCCCGUUUUGGCAACCUCUCCUUUUUUGGCUUCGCUUUUGGCGAAAGAAGAAAGAAAGAAACUAUAAACGAAAUUCCUUCUUCAUUCUAGCGACUGGGUGCUAUAACAGAAGAACAGAGCAACCACGAUAUUGACUUUUUCAAGACUCCACCAAACCAACUUAAGCAACACUCUAUAGUAAGAGUCGAAGAUAAUUACUGGAAUCAUAUCAAAAAUUUCAUUUCAAGGCGACAUCGAUCGACAAUUUGCCAUACAAAAAUGCACACAUAUACUGGGGCCGUGGCAAUACCAACUUCAAUGAAAAGUUGGAUGGCGAUGCACAGAACUCAUAUUUCCACAAGCGUUGCUCUGUUGGCUAUCGAAGAAGUUAAAGCUCCUAACUUUCCUGACUCCGUCACUGAAGGCGAUGCAAAAUUACUAAAGAAAGAAGGAGAUCCUGUGGCAAUGGAUGAAGUAGUGAUGGAGAUCGAAACGGAUAAGACAGCACUGCCGGUAAUGUCGCCCGGCCACGGAAAGGUGGUCAAAUUCCUCGUCAAGGAUGGAGAUAAAGUGAAGUCACUGCAGCCUGUUUUUCAGGUGGACGUAACUGGCGUAGCAACCGCCGCAGCGGCAGCACCUGCGGCAGCGCCAGCGGCAGCGCCAGCGCCAGCAGCAGCGCCAGCAGCUCCAGUUGCCGCUGCGGCACCGGCGCCCGCUGCUGUUAAAGCAGCGCCUGCACCUCCGCUGGUGUCAGCAGCUCCUGGAGGGGCGGAAGUCGUCGUCACGAAAAAAGGGAAACCAAAAGGUCCAACUGAAGCGGCUUUACGUAUAGGCGAUCCGACCAAGGUGAUCGCAGGGACACGGACAGAGCUGCCAGUCCCCAUGAACAAAAUGCGCAAGAGAAUCGCGCAACGACUCAAAGAAGCGCAGAACACCACCGCCAUGUUGACCACCUUCAAUGAGUGUGACAUGAGUAAAUUAAUGGCGUUCCGCAAGGCGAACCUGGACGCUUUCUUGAAAAAAUACGGCGUAAAAUUAUCUUUUAUGUCUCCCUUUCUGAAAGCGUCGGCAAAUGCGCUCAUGGAUCAGCCAGUCAUCAACGGAUUUAUUUCCGGAGAUAAUAUUAUUUAUAGGGACUACGUAGACAUAUCUGUGGCAGUAGCGACACCAAAAGGGUUGGUUGUACCAAUCAUCAGGAAUGUGGACGCAAUGGACUACCCUCGCAUCGAAUUGGCUCUCGGUAUCCUCGCAGAAAAAGCUAGGACCGGCAAAUUGACGCCAGCGGACAUGCAAGGUGGAACAUUCACGAUAAGCAACGGAGGAGUAUUCGGAUCACUGCUUUCUAUGCCAAUUAUCAACUUACCACAGUCUGCCAUACUUGGCAUGCACUCGAUUCAACAGAGGCCUGUAGCUAUUAAUGGCAAGGUGGAGAUCCGGCCAAUGAUGUAUUUGGCUCUGUCCUAUGAUCAUCGACUAAUCGAUGGUCGUGAAGCUGUGCUGUUUCUCCGAAAAGUUAAGGCAGGAGUCGAAGACCCAACUUCAAUUUUGGCUGGUGUUUAAUUCAAUCAUUACACAAUCGCAGGUACUUAUCAUGGAUGUAGUGAUAUAUUGAAAGUGGUGAAUACUAGAUUGUCUACCAAUAGAGAUACAAUGAUUGGAUGACAUUUGGGGAUGAAACAUAAAUGAAGCGUCCGUCUAUUAUCUUCUGUUUCGCUAUGUUCCAAAACCAUCGUCAGCGACAUAAUUCACUUUAUUUUAUAUUUCCUUUAACCCCUUCAUGGACAGUACUGAAAUAAUACCGCACACUAAAAGUCACUACUUUUCUUUGUCGUAGUGACCAUAUUGAUUCAACAUCAUUAUUACGCUUUAUCACUCGACGGCUGAUCCCGUCACAUUCAUAGCUGCACUGUAAACUGUUCUUGUAAAUGUUUCUUGUGCAUAAGUAAGUACGGCUAUGACAGUAGUACAGUGAUUUUAUUUAAUUUAUUUCAGCAAAAAAGUCUAAAUCUAUAGAUUAAAAUAGCAUACACCGUAAAAUAGCGUGACCCUUGCAGUAUAAAAAGACAAAUAAAAGUUAUUAUGUACUAACAAUUCCAAAAGAAACAAUUACUAAUUAGAUUAUAUUUAAGCAGUGAUGGAGAUUAUUUAUUUACCAUUUGAAUAAUUAAAUCACAGUUUGGAAAGUAGUAAGAGAGGUGAUUUUGAUUAAUAGUACACUGUAUGUAUCGUUUAGUUAUUCAGCAAAUUUAAACGAAAAUUAAGUUAUUCAUUUCACCUAGAUGGCAGAAAAUACCUACCUAACUAACCUGAUUUUAAGUGUGAAAACACGUUUCAUUAUUAUUUAUUAUAGAAUAGGGUUUCUGCAGUACACAUUAUUGGUUUAUUGAAUUACUAAAAACUAUGCAUUUUGAGAAAAAAAUUGAGGGAUUUUUUACUGUCAGAAAGUUCCAGGGCGAAAACAAAUAACAUAA